AUGAACGGUGAAGAGUCCACCGCAGGCGUUCAGUUUGACAUCACGCGCCUUGAUCCUCUCCUCUCUGGUCCCAAGGACACCAUCAACAUCAUGGUCAAACAUCUCAACGGCGAAACAUCCAACUACUUUCUUUCGCGUUUCAGCAGAGUCGAAACACUCAAGUUGCUCGUCAAAGCAAAGGCUGGAGUCGAUGUUGCCUAUCAAAGCUUGGUAUCGUCAUCGCAACAGCUUAAAAACAAGCUGAGGCUGUGCGACUACAAUCUUAAGAACGGAGCACUUCUUCAUCUUUUUGUUCGUCUUCGUGGUGGUAGCUCAAUGGCUGAAGAGCCAGAGAUAAACAUCGCUUCUGGCGGUCUCAUCCGUCAAAGCAUCGUGGAACAGCCCAAGGGCGAAUACAAAAAGACGUCCACAGUCACAUUCAAUGUGCAGAUCCUCAACAGUACCAGCUUCAAGCGAGUUACGGGCCAGGACCCCCCAAAGAGCCCCAUAUCAGCCGCUACUUACGCCAAAGCUGGUCAUCCAUUCUUUUCGCUCGACGAAGGACCAGCUACUAUCUCUGGCAACUUCUCUGAUUUACAAUCGCUGGCUCAGCUCAAAGGGCUACCUGAGCGUAACUUUUGUGGCAUUCCCAUUCUUGAUGUCGAAACUAAAGAGAUCCUCCGCGCGUGGGUUUGCAAAGCCUGCAAGGCCAAGAACACUGCUGUAAUGCGGUUCUGCAAGUCGUGCAAGGGGCGCCGUCCUCCAUUGAAGAAGGGCAACAAGAUCGGAAUUCUGAAUCCUGAAGGAUCCAAGACUCCUUUCCGACUCUCUUGGCAGAUUGCUGAAGAACUCGAGAAGAAGCUCACACUGUUUUAA